AUGAACUCGGCCAUGUGUGCAGGCAGUGGGGGCAAGGUCUAUCUGUUCGGUGGCUACAACGUCAAUAACGACCCCGCUGAGUUGGAGAGAUUGAAUGACGCUUGGGUUCUGGAUUUGUCCGUCCCCAGCUGGGCGGAGGUGAGCGUGACGCCAGGGACGGAGCCGGCUGGGACCUCAAUCGCAGAGUCGCUGGCGGUGGCCAAGGUGCGCCGGGCAGGACACAGCAUGGUCUGCACGGGGGACAGCCUGCUGGUCUUCGGAGGGCAAUCAAUGAGUGGGGGCGUUGCUCAGAGACACAAUGAUCUAUGGAAGCUCACAUUGGCAACCAGCACUUGGCAGCAGUUGACACAAACAAGUGGCACGCUGCCCCCUCCCAGGAGUGGACACUCGGCUGUCUGGAAUCCCGACACCCAGAGCAUGCUCGUGUACGCUGGAGCUAAUAGUGUUACAAAUCUCAAUGACCUGUGGAGCUACAGCUUGACCGCCAACGUGUUCACCCAACUCACCCCUACUGGAGGUCCGCAGGGUGAGAGGUGGGAGCAUGCGGCGCUUUGGAACCCGGUCGACAACACCAUGUUCAUCACCGCGGGCUUUCGCACGAAUGUACCGGGCACACCGGGCGUGCUGUUGGGCAACGACCUCUGGUCCUACGACCCGCAGGCCAACACCUGGACCGAGUUGAUCCCCCAGGGAAGCCCGAACGCGCCUGCAGGCCGGCGCCAGACCUCCCUCGUCUGGAACACGGCCGCGCAGGCGGCGCUCCUCUUUGCCGGCCACACCGGCGGCGUCACCCAGCAGUUUCUCGACGACCUCUGGGAGUACAAGGCGGGCAGCUGGACGCAGCUGGUGCCCGCGUCCAGUCCGCCGGCCCGCGGCUGGCACCUGGGCGCUUGGGCUUCCACUCAGGUCAUGAUCGUCUUCGGCGGGUAUGACGGCUCUUACUUGGUGGACACCUGGCAGUACACGCCCUAG